AUGGAAGAAGCCGAUGUCACGAAUGUCGAGGAGGAAGGUGUUCUAGAAGAUAAAGAAGUCUCAAUGGAUGUGACAAUCGUAUUUGAGGCAGUGGGAGAAGAACAAAAAGAUGAAGAAAAACUUGAAGAGAAAGAAGAUGCAGAAGAAGAAGGCAAAGAUGUUAGAAAAGAAGUGGAAGUAACGGCCUCGGUUACCGAAGAGCCUCCAGUAACACUUGUGUAUGAGGUGGGUGGGGAUGGUGAUGAGAUGGGUGGGGUGCUUCCCAAGCAAUAA